AUGUGUUUUUACACUUACCACCACUAUUCCGCUUGCGGGCAUAUCGCUAAUUGGACAUUGACCAGCUGUAAGGAGUAUACCAACAGCCUUCGAUUGCAAAGCCGGGGAGGUCUGACCGGAUACUGCAAUAAGAUUCAAACUAGUCACAAUCUUGUGCUACAACUUGCGUCUGACACUUGCGGUCAGUGUGAUUUUGAGCUAUCCACCCGUCGUGUCCACGACUCUUCCGUGUCCUCGAAACAUCGCACGAUUGAGGGCCUGGACUCGAAGGCCCCAAUUUUUGAGGUUUUUGGUCAUAUGAAUACCAACUUGAGUGGUAAGGAUUGGAACAACAAUCGUCCAUCUAUUUAUCAGGACUGUCAUGGCUGUGAUUGCUACAACUGCACCGCACCCACGGCCAGCGAUGGAUGCCCAGACGGUUUUCUUUCUUGGCCAGAAUGCCCAACAAAUACCGGUCAAGAAUUCGAUAUCUUGCCUCAAGUCCUUCCUAGCGAGGAGCAAAAUAUUGCUGACCUUUGCAAAGCUUUGCGUCGACAAACCUUGGAGAAAGACAUCUCUCCUUCAUCGACCCAGGUAGAUGCCCGAAAAUCUCGCAACUCCUUGCACGGUGUUAUUCCUUUUGGCAUUGACAAAGAUGCUCAUCUCUUGGAGCGUCUCGACAGCAGAAAUCCUUAUGCAACGAGCUUCUUCGACCUGUCUGAGGACAUGUCACCGGUUGAGUUUAGACUGACCUACUCUGGAAAUGAGCCAGAACAAGAAAUGUUCCACUACUCGGAUGAUAGCUCUGGCUUUGUAUAUGAAAGCGAGGUACGAAAUCCAAAUGAUCUCAAUUUCCUUGAUGACGACUCGGAUGCCGACGACGAGUCAGAUGGUGGUUGUGAUUUGCUCGAUGUGUCCGACGAUGAUUUUGCGAAGAUAUUCUCACCUUUUAUCUCAACUUUAGUAUCCAAUAGCGUCGAUGUAUCGCUGCCGUCUUUGCGAGACUCUGUGCUGGUAGUCGACCGACCGGCUACCCCGAUACUUUGCCCAGAGCCGCUGAGAGUCAUACAGCCCCCUCAAUUUUUGUCGCUAGACUCUAUUGUCGAAGACACUUUUCUUGAAAAGGUCUGUAAGGAGGAAGACCUUGAUAUUCUUCAUGGAGAGGCCGAUGCGACUCCAGAAUGGCACCUUGGUGACGAUCGAUGGGAUAAUUAUGGGUUCACGGAGCCGCGCUACCGGUGA